AUUGAUACCUCGGGCUUCUCACAGUCGUGGCCGAUAAUGUCCCUGUAUGGCUUAGUGCCAAAAUGAGUGAUCGCUGUUUAGAACAAAAGAUUAGUAUCAAGUUUUGCGUGAAAUUGAACAAGUCUGCAAGUAAGACCCACCAUCUUUUGAAAGUCUACGGUGACGAAGUGGUGUCGAGAGCUCGAGUUUUUGACGGGCACAAAAGGUUUAAAGUAAGGCAGGGAGAUGUCCGACAUGAUGCACGAAGUGGUCGUCCAGUCACCCACAGGACGGAUGAAAAUAUCCAGAAGUUCAAGGACUUGGUUUAUUCAAACAGGCAGUUAACGGUGAGAAUGAUGGCUGAAGAAUUAAAUUUAGAUAAAGAAACCGCUAGACUCAUUCUGAAAGAAAACCUGACCAUGAGAAAGUCUGCCAAGGUUAUAGCGAGUGUUUUGAAGAAUGAGCCUAAAUUAAAGAAAUUUGUAUUCCCACAUGACCAUUCAAAGAAAAUUAUGAAACCUAGCUUGUAUGUGAGGGAAAAGAUAACAAAUUCUGAAACGUGGAGUCAUUUGCAGCAGAAAGCUGGUGGGGAAAUGUCUCUGCCUCUGUCAAAUCCCAGAAUCCACCCCCUUGCCAGCCAGCUUCUUCAGGGGCCAUCCUCAGCAAGCAUUCCCACUAGGGUUGCUCGGAAUUGGUUCACAUCCUGGUGAAAUGAGCCUGAGGUAGCUAGAACCUGACCAGGAAGCUGUCCUCAUCUGCUUUUCAUCUGGUUUCUGUCUUAUGCUCUUCCUUCGCACUUGGCAGGGUUCACCGGUAAUACUGAACUACGGGGGUUCUCUUCCUUGCUGUUCCCCACCGUCUUGGAGGGCUUGUGACUGUUGACUUCCAGUUCUAGCUUGCUCUUCAUUUCUUUAGCUUAA